AUGGGGACGCUGCGCGAGAGGUGCAUACUGGGGCAGGAGGUGCUGCUCGCCCAGCUGAUUGGGGCCGGCGCGAACGGCCGCGUGUACCUUGCCGCCCCCGUGAGCCAGUCGGCAGUGACCAACCAGUUCCGCUACCCGUCGCGCUUUGUGGUGAAGGUGAUGCAGAAGGACGUGUGCCCCGCCGGCCACGCCGCGACGAUUCUGAAGGAAAUCAAUGCGGUCCGCACGCUGAAGCACCCCUUCAUUGUGAGCUACGUGGGCGCUUGGGUGGAGGCGGGCUGCGGUGAGCACGGCGGGAGCGUGUGCCUUGCCAUGACGUAUUGCGACGGUGGCGACCUGCACGACCUGAUCCGCGACUACCGGAAGAAGGACGAGUACGUCCCGAGGGACCUGGUGGUGAUGAUCAUGCUGCAGAUCUUCUCGGCGCUGAACCACAGCCACGCGCACCACAUCAUUCACCGCGACAUCAAGCCGGCGAACCUUUUCCUCGUGCGUGACGAGACCGGCGGCGGCGGCGACGGUGACGGCUGCUGCUGCGGAGUGGCGAGGGCUCUUGUGGGCGACUACGGGCUGGCGCGCCCGCUGGAGCGUACGGUGGAGCUGGCCAGGACGCGCGUCGGCACGCCGUGCUACUGCUCGCCGGAGAUUGUGGCUGGUGAGGCGUACACCGCCAGGACGGACAUUUUCUCCGCCGGUGUGACGUUUUUCGAGCUGAUGACGAAGCAGCGGCCGUUCUGGGAGAAGAACUUCACGGAGCGGCAGUCGUUCCACGCGAUACUGCACUCCGACCCGAUGCCCCGGCUGCGCCGUGUGGCGGAGGGGCGCUACGACAGCUGCCUUGUGCGGUUGGUGGGGUCGUGUCUUUGCAAGGAGGAGAAGGGGCGGCCGACGGCGUACGAUGUGCUGACUGGCUUCUCCACGCGCCUCACGAGCUACGUGCGGGCGAGGGGCAUCCCCGUCUGCGGCGAGGCUGCGAGGGUGUCGCCGACGCGGGUCGAGGGCAACUCCCCGCCGCGCCGCAUGUCUCCCAUCUCGCCGGUGCGGCGGACGCCGUCGCGGCCGCACGCGCCGUCGCGGCCACGGAAAGGGUCGCCGGAGCCGGCUGCGGCGCCGCGCGCCCCGCUGGUCGUCCCCGCUGCCGUGGCGGAGGAUGCUGCGGCCGGGCCCAAUGGCGUGUCCGUGGAGCAGCUGCUGCACGUGCUGGACCGGGGCCUCGGCGACAAGGCAGAGGCCGAGAGCCUAAAGCAGCUCCUUGGCGGCGACGUUGAGGCCCUCUUGCUUGUGCGGGUGCUUUUGCUGACGCGCGGCAACAACAGAGACGCACUUGAAAAUGGCAUCUUCAAAGUGCUGCUGUCGUUGAAGCCGAACAUUUCUGCGGAGCAGGUCGUCCUGUGGAUGUCGGGGCGCGGCUGCGGUGUGUAG